CUCUCUUACGUACUUUCUGUCCAUCUCACAGAAACCCCCUACACGUAUUCGACACUCGACAGGUCAGCUGCUUGUUUGUGCUCUUGUGAUUCACUGUAAAAGUACCUGCUUUGUCAGCACUGUUAAGAGUAACCAACCUGACCAACCCCUGACUUCAUCAUCUCAUCAUUCACAUCUUCAAGCUGUAUUAGCAUUCAAUGUCAGCACUCUUUGUAUGAAUGGGCAAUGCCUUUCCCUGUCCUACAGCUCCCAGCAUCCUUCAGCUGGCCUUAACGCCUCCAUUAUUAACAUCCUCAACUGCAUCUUCUUCUGACGACGCCUACAUUACAAACACAUUAGACUGGCCCAGAUUGAUAACGCUGGAUCAAUCUAACUCAGACUUCUCCAGCAGUAACUGUCUUUGUUUGUCCUCCCAUCUGAUUAUUUUGACCCCAAACAUCUAAGAAGACUUAAAUGUCCUUUCAAAAUAAGCCUCUCAUUCAUUUGUCUGGAUCUCUGAAGCUGCAAAUCAAUCAUGUGGUCCACGUUCAUCGUGCAGGAUGAAGAGGUAAGGACGGUUAAUACGUCCGGUGGGUUGGAUGGGUUUUUGGGAUCACGAGGCGGUGGACGUAAACGCCGACACAGAACGCACUCCAGUUCUGGCGACGGAAUUAACGAAAGCCAAGAGGGCAAAAUCAAGCUGACGUUGUUCAUGGCUGUAACCGGCAUCAUGCUUACUGUGCUCGGGGUGGGAACAGAGUUCUGGGUGGAGUUUAAACCAUCCAAGAGCUUCUACAACAAUCAGACUUGUCUGGUAGCACAUUAUGGCUUAUGGAAAUGCUGUACCAAGACAUUCUGGGUGUCAGAUAUGGACCCAAAGCAGGAGAUCUGUGGGUCUUUGCACUUACAGGGAGAAUCCAAUUGCACCUUCUUUAAGUUCUACACCACUGGAGAGAACAUUGUCCUAUUUCAGAAAACGCCAGAAAAGGAUCUGACAGUAGCAUCGGCCAUGUUUGCUAUCAUUAGUCUUUUCCUGAUGGUGAUGGGAGCUAUCUGCAUUAUCAUGGCAGUAAGCAAAGGUGUUCAGUUCUUCUUGAAGCCAGCCGCAGUUUGCUUCAUACUGUCAGGUGUCUUAAUCUUCCUCUGCAUCAUAAUUUUCCACCAAUCAGUGCUGUCUUUCUUAGCAAGUGACCAAUCCAUACCUCUAAAUCAUGAAAUGGCAUGGUCAGUGACGUGUGUGGGCUGUGCCGGGGGUCUGGUCAUUGUUGCUGGGGUCUUGUUCUUGGUCCUUGCUCUUCCAUACAGUCCUUGGGAAAAGUGCUUACCUAAGAAAAACAGUGACAUCUAGUGGUGUGGAGGCUGAAGUGAACUUCUCAUUUAGUUUUGAACUGAAUCCUCUUGAUAAAGUGGAACAGAAAACAACAGUAGUACAUCCUGGUGAAUCUGGGGUAUAUACAUAUAUAAAAAAGCUAUGGUUGGCAAUGUGAUUAUAUUGUGCAUAAGUUGGCACUAGAGAGGAUGCUGUUGGAAAUGUAACAGGAAGUGGGCCAGACAUUUUGGCAGAGUGUAUGUACCAUUAGGAUGAAAUGCCUAAAAUAAUAAUACGUAUAAGCUCAUAACUUUAACAUAAUAGCACAUUUUUUGGGGAAACUCGUGCAAUAUUUCAUUAUUGGUUGAACUAUAUCUUUUGUUAUUUUAAUGUUUUUAGUUAAACUUGAUGCUGUAUAUUUUGAUUGACUUUAUAUACAGCUUGGGACAUUUAAAGGUUGAGGUUCUGGAUACUGUUAUAUUUAACUUUUUAUGAAGAUUGAGGUAUAAUUGAGGUAAACUUAUAAUGUUUAAUAUCUAGGACUAUAAUUUUGGAAACAGAAGUCUAAAUACUGAAGCCAUACUGUAGUUAUGCUGUGGUAUAAAUGUAAUUGUGGUAUAAAUGUUAUUAUUGGCAUGACUGGGUUUCCAAACACUGACUGUUAUUGAAGUUGUAGGUAACAGAAAUGAAGCUUAUUUAUGUUUUUAUAUUUAUGUUUAUGCAGACAUUUUCAAGCUUUGAUUUGGUCUUGGCACUAAAGUACAUCGAAAAAACAGAUGAAUCUUUUCUCCUUCGUGAUGUGGAAAACAGCCUUCAUGUCUCGUCAGUGGGGGAAAUAAGAGAACCACUUGAAAUCCAUAACAAAGCUGCUUGAGAUACAUGAGCGAAUUUAUUCUGUUCUUGGCCGGCACUGACUGUUUAUUAACGGUGGCGCCUUAGACGUGAAGCAACCACAUGGAAUUGCAUAUUUGAAAAGCAACAUGAUCACUCAACUAUUUUAUUUUAUUUCUUUUUGGAGAAAACUGCAGCAUUGUAAAUAAAUAACGAAUAAAGUGAUGAUUAUUCACAGGAACACAAAUUUAAAUGUGCUGGCUGAUUUGCAAAAGUACAUACUGAGAAAUGAAUAUUUUGGAAAAAGAUACAUGAUGGUUUUAACGAUGGAAAUAUAUCAUCAAAUUCUCAGAAAGAGGGCAGUUUAGUCUUUGAAAAGGAACUUCAGUUACAUGAUGGGGCUUCCAGUUCUAAUGAAAAUCUGGUUUUGGGUUUCAUCCGUGUUUUUAGUCUGGCAGCUGACAGCAGCAGUGGAAAGCCCAGUUGAUUCAUCUCCGGUUCUGACCAGCCCUCUUCAUCUGGAGGUGGUCGCUUGAUGACAGCAAGAGACGAACUGAAAUCAAAAGCAUUAAUUAAAAGCCCCAACGUCUGCUGCUGCUGCUCCUGCUGCUUCCCAUUGUGAACGCUGACACUGAUGCUGAUCUAGAAUCAGUUAUUGAAAGUGUUAGAGGAAAGCAGAUCAUAAUAAUGAGAAACUUUCAUUGUUGGCAGCCUCUGGUGCAUGACAGAAAUAGCUUUCCUACUGAGUUGGGCUAGAUUAUGCAACAAUCCGAAGUAGGAAGGCGCUGGUUUAAAAGUCAAACUUUGAGUGUUUUAUUUAUUUAUUUAUUUUUAUCCUGUUAAUGUGACCUUUUUAUUAAACAAAAGAAUGUUUGAUGAAAGUAUUUUUGCAGGUCUGCAGUGACAUCCAGCACCACAAUGAUGUACUCUGGGAUUUUUCAGUGUUUUUCCCCUAGGCAAAACUAGACUAAUUCUUCCCAUUUAAGCAAUGUUUUCUGUCUUUCUGGUAGUUCUGUUAUUAAUAUUAUCAGUUCUGGUUUUGGUUCUGACUAAUUUCAUGAUUUUUACUACUGACUGAAUGGAAAUUGCACAUUUUUGUAUUCAAAUAUUUGUGAGUGAAUUUUAAAUAAAUAUUAAAAUUUUGUGCAUUAUAUUAUAUUAUAUUAUAUUAUAUUAUAUUAUAUUAUAUUAUAUUAUAUUAUAUUAUAUUAUAUUAUAUUAUAUUAUAUUAUAUUAUAUUAUAUAUCCACUCAGGUGUAGUUUUUUAGUUUUAUAAAUUGUGACUUCAAAGGUCUUACUGUACACAUGCAUUUUAACAAAUACAUUAAAACAAAUUGCGAUAUUAGUGCAUAUUCAUAAAUAAAGAGUGGUAAAGAUCUGUGUAUGGAUUGAAUCUUAUUCUAAAUCUUUUAUUGUCUGACUGAAUAAAAAUGGCACUUUUUGUAUUAAAAUAUUUUCUGAGUGAAUUUUAAGUAAAUAUUUUGAUAUUGUAAUUUUGUGCAUAUUAUAUUAUAUUAUAUUAUAUUAUAUUAUAUUAUAUUAUAU